AUGUUGGCCCAGCGCUGGGGUGAGGGCACCUGCAGUGGGGGAGAAGCAGGUGACGUGUGGCUUCUGGACUCCGCCGCUCUGUCACCCGUUUAUGACUCCAGGGAACACAGUGCCCUUGGGGGGCCUCCCUCCUGCCCUGGCCACCUGGGCCCUGCCGUCCUCCCGGUCCUGCCUCCCGGGCCACAGGUGCCACCGCAGACCUCUGCUGCAGGGGACUUCGCCUUCAUCUUGCCCUCGAAUCGACCAAAACGCUCCACGAGUGACAGCCGAGGCGUGGUCAGUGCACAGGAGGCGGCAUCAGCCAGAAAAAUGAGUGACAACCUUAGCUGGGGUGACAGGCGCGGCCGCUGGUCCAACAGCUUGGAUGAGUUUGGGGAGGAUGAAGGGCACCUCGCAAAGGGCCCAAGACGGACGGCCACUCCAAGCCAGGGUGGGGACCUGCCCAGGCAGCGCCGGCUCUCCCAGCUCCUGGCCCAGCUCACCCUGCGGGGCUCUGAUGCCGCUUCUCUCCUCGGCGCAGUUCCUGGUCUGUACCCUGAGGACGGAUCCCGGGGCUACGUCAAGCUCCUGCCAGCUGAGAAGGGGGCCCUGGAGAGCCCAGGGAGACGUGGGCGUGCAGGAGAAGCCCAGCGUGUGGAGUCAUCUUGCCACCUUUCAACAUGCCCCCUGCUGAUCUGUGCCCUUGAACUCCACAGGGCAAACCUGGUGGACCUGCAGAAGAAGCUGGAGGAGCUGGAGCUAGACGAGCAGCAAAAGAAGCGGUUAGAGGCCUUCCUGACUCAGAAGGCCAAGGUUGGUGAGCUCAAGGACGACGACUUUGAAAGGAUCUCAGAGCUGGGAGCUGGCAAUGGCGGGGUGGUCACGAAGGUCCAGCACAGGCCAUCGGGCCUCAUCAUGGCCAGAAAGCUGAUCCACCUGGAGAUCAAGCCAGCCAUCCGGAACCAGAUCAUCCGCGAGCUUCAGGUCCUACAUGAGUGCAACUCCCCGUACAUCGUGGGCUUCUACGGCGCCUUCUACAGCGACGGGGAGAUCAGCAUCUGCAUGGAGCACAUGGACGGGGGCUCCCUGGACCAGGUGUUGAAGGAGGCCAAGAGGAUCCCCGAGGAGAUCUUGGGGAAGGUCAGCAUUGCGGUUCUCCGGGGCCUGGCAUACCUUCGAGAAAAGCAUCAGAUCAUGCACCGAGAUGUGAAACCCUCCAACAUCCUGGUCAACUCCAGAGGGGAGAUCAAGCUGUGCGACUUCGGGGUGAGCGGGCAGCUCAUCGAUUCCAUGGCCAACUCCUUCGUGGGAACGCGGUCCUACAUGUCUCCAGAGCGAUUGCAAGGCACACACUAUUCGGUGCAGUCGGACAUCUGGAGCAUGGGCCUGUCCUUGGUGGAGCUGUCUAUCGGGAGGUACCCCAUUCCCCCACCCGAUGCCAAGGAGCUGGAGGCCAUCUUCGGCAGGCCCGUGGGCAACGGUGCAGAAGGAGAGCCCCACAGCACCUCACCCCGGCCGAGACCCCCUGGGCGCCCCAUCAGCGGUCACGGGAUGGACAGCCGGCCAGCCAUGGCCAUCUUCGAGCUGCUGGACUACAUUGUGAAUGAGCCACCUCCCAAGCUACCCAGUGGCGUGUUCAGCCCACACUUCCAGGAAUUCGUGCAUAAAUGCCUCAUUAAGAACCCAGCAGAACGAGCAGAUCUGAAGAUGCUCAUGGGCCAUGCCUUCAUCAAGCGCUCAGAGGCUGAAGAGGUGGACUUCGCCGGCUGGCUGUGCAGGACCCUGCGGCUCAACCAGCCCAGCACACCCACGCGCACCGCUGUGUGACGGCCACCCGGGCUCCCGCGUCUGGCCGCCUGCCUGCCCCAUCUGUGCCCACCCUCUGGCCCCUCCUGCCCUGGGAACAUUUGUGUCCUCAUGUCCCCUGGGUUGCUGCCUGGCCUGGGAGGGACACUGCUCCUGUCACCGUCUAGGAACCUGCUUACUUAGUUUAAAACAAAACAGGGAGAGGAAAAGCAAA